UGUGAAAAGACGAAACUGGAGGAAAAAAAUAAUCCACGUCUAUCGAACGCUUCCAGGGAGGUACUAUUGCACGGAUAUUGUCUUUUCAAUUCAAGCUUUUAAAGGGAAUACACAUUCGAUUUUCUUAAAGAAAAUAACGGAAUUCAUAGUGGCGGGGUAAGUGAAAAUCCUAUUCACAGGACCUAUUUGUUCAAGGAAGGGAAGAAAAUGGAGUUGGAGGACGGAGUAGUGUACCAGGACGACCCGGGGACAUCGGCUAUGAUGUCGGAGCGGGUAUCGGGCCUGGCCAACUCCAUCUACCGCGAGUUCGAGAAACUGAUAGGAAAAUACGACGAAGACGUGGUGAAAGAACUGAUGCCGCUCGUCGUGGCUGUGCUGGAGAACCUGGAUUCGGUGUUCGCGGAAAACCAGGAGCAUGAAGUGGAACUAGAACUGUUAAAGGAGGACAACGAACAGCUCAUCACGCAGUAUGAACGGGAGAAAGCGCUGAGGAAACACGCAGAGGAGAAGUUCAUGGAGUUUGAGGACAGUCAGGAGCAGGAGAAGAAGGACCUUCAGAACCAUGUGGGCAGAAUGGAGUCCCACUCCCGCCAGCUGGAACUCAAGAUCAAGAACUACGCAGACCAAAUCGGCAGGAUGGAAGAGCGAGAGUCUGAGCUGAAGAAGGAGUUCAACUCACUCCAUCAAAGACACACAGAGAUGAUCCAUAACUACAUGGAGCAUGUAGAGAGGAUCAAGCUCCACCAUAUGAGUGUAGUAGAGACUUCAGACUCUGGAACGGUGGGCAGAGUCAGGAAAGAGCGUCCCAUGUCUCUGGGUGUCUUCCCCAUGUCAGGAGAGGGGUCAGUUUUGACCCCUGACCUCCAGGCCAGGUCUGAGACGCCGGGCGCAGAGGCCUGGAGAUUCAACGACCUGGAACAUCCGCGUUCCAAUGCCAGCCUCAAGGACGAGCUGUCGGACCUUGGCUCGAAGUCGAUCACUCCCAUGUCCACCACGGCUUCGGACGUCGCCAUGGAAGGGGAGGGGCCAAACAGUAAGAGCAUGGAGUUGCUGGCGGCACUGGGGAACAGGUCAAUAUCAGUGGGUGUGCCAGAGAACGAGGAUAGCUCAGAUGUGCAUGACAUCAUUGAGUCCACCCCUGAACUGGACAUGGACCUCAGUGGAUACAAAGCAUCCAGCACCCCGAACAAAGGAGGCAUUGGCAUUGAGAACCUGGCGUUUGACCGCAACACAGACUCUCUGUUUGCGGAGCUGUCGUCUGCAGGCAUAGGGGACGUCAUCGGAGACGUGGACGAGGGGGCGGACCUGCUGGUGGAGUACUCUGGUAUGGGUCGUGAGGUUGAGAACCUGAUCACGGAGAACACACAACUAAUGGAGACAAAGAACGCUCUGAAUGUGGUGAAGAAUGACCUGAUAGCGCGGGUGGAUGAGCUGUCGUGUGAGAAGGAAGUGUUGCAGGGGGAACUUGACGCCGUGACACAGACCAGGAAAAACCUGGAGGAGAAGAACAGAGAGCUGGAGGAGGAGCUCAAGAAAGUGCGUGUGGAGAUGGAGGAGGUGAAAGGGAAGCCAAACGAGGAAGAGGAUAGUGACGUUCCUACAGCCCAGAGGAAGAGGUUCACCAGGGUAGAGAUGGCUAGAGUCCUCAUGGAGAGGAACCAGUACAAGGAGAGACUGAUGGAAUUACAGGAGGCUGUUAGGUGGACAGAGAUGAUCAGAGCCUCCAGAGAAAACCCUUCCCUUACUGAGAAGAAGAAAUCCAGCAUCUGGCAAUUUUUCAGCCGUCUCUUUAGCCCCUCCUCUACCAGCACGGCAGUGAUGAAGAAGGUGGAGUCCCAUGGGAGGGAGGUGAAGUACAUGCCCCCUGCAGGAGGGGGAAUGAAGAAGAGGAGCAGCACCUUCUCCCAGUUCCCCACCGAGAAGUCCAAGGCCUUCGACUUCCUCAACGAGGAAAUGGACCCGUGCGUCUCUCCGUCCCGUAGGGAGCAAAAGAGGGCCCAGUACAGACAGGUCAAAGCCCACAUGCAGAAGGAGGAUGGACAGGUACAGGCCCAUGGAUGGAGUCUACCCAGCAAAUCUAAGGUAGUGAACGGGGGCCCAACAGAGAACAAAGAGAAGAAUCUACCUGUGCCAGUCUACCUGAGGCCCCUGGACCAGAAAGAUGCUUCUAUGAAGCUGUGGUGUGCUGCGGGUGUGAACCUGUCAGGAGGGACGAUCAGAGAGGGAGGGUCCAUGUUGGAAGGACAGAGCAGGAAGGGCUCUGUGAGCAGCCUGGACCAUUUAGAGACAGAGAACAAGGAGCAGGAGAAAGGUGAGAAGGACAAGGAGCUGCGUCUGCAGGAUGAGAUGUCCUGCAGGGUGUGGAUCUGUACCAGUACCCACUCCUCUACUAAAGUCAUGGUGCUGGAGGCCAACCAGCCCUCUGACCUGCUGGACAGCUUCUACGCCUGCAACUCACACGUCCUCUGCAUUGCCAGCAUACCAGGUGUGUUGGAGACAGACUACCCUGCAGGGGAGGAGCUACCUGUACCCCAGGACCAGGAGUCCGGGCCAGUUGAUGGCGUGUCAUUGGCAGGCAGCGUGGCCAGUCUGGGCUCCACGGGCAGCGACGGCGCCUUGGCAACGGAAGGGACCACCGCCGUCCUCCAGAUGGCCGGGGCAGGGCUCAAUGACCUCCCGGCCCAGCACAGCUCAGUGGAUCUGUCCAGAGAGCCCAGUCCUGCAGAGGAUGGGGUCCCCACGGCGGAAGAGGCCACAGAGGCUACAGAGGAGGGGGAGGAGAGCCAGGGGCUGGUCGUCAGUCAGUCAGGCAUCUACACAGAACACGUGUUCACAGACCCUCUGGGAGCCGGCCACCAUGAGUCCUCCACUGCAGACACACAGAGGGACCAGGAGGGGGUGGGUGAGGCGUCUCUUCCCGACGACAUGCUCCCUGCUGGGGAGGACGUCCAGAGGAUGAGCAGCGCCCUGCCCACCAUGUGGCUGGGGGCCCAGGACGGAUGUUUGUAUGUGCACUCGUCUGUGGCUCGGUGGAGGAAGUGUCUCCACGCCAUCAAGCUAAAGGACUCCAUCCUCAACAUAGUGCAUGUGAGAGGAAGAGUCCUGGUUGCCUUGGCGGACGGCACGUUGGCUAUAUUCCACAGAGGCCUCGAUGGACAGUGGGAUCUGACCAACUACCACCUACUAGACCUGGGCCGGCCGCACCACUCUAUCCGCUGUAUGACAGUGGUGCAUGACAAGGUGUGGUGUGGCUACAGGAACAAGAUCUACGUCAUCCAACCCAAGGCCAUGAGGAUAGAGAAGUUGUUUGACGCCCACCCCCGGAAGGAGAGUCAGGUGCGUCAGCUGGCCUGGGUGGGAGAUGGGAUCUGGGUAUCCAUCCGCCUGGACUCCACCCUCAGACUGUUCCACGCCCACACCUACCAGCACCUCCAGGACGUCGACAUAGAGCCCUACGUCUCCAAGAUGCUGGGUACGGGUAAACUGGGCUUCUCCUUCGUCAGGAUCACAGCCCUCAUGAUAUCCUGUAGCCGUCUGUGGGUCGGAACAGGAAAUGGUGUCAUCAUCUCCAUCCCGCUGUCAGAAGCUAUAGGUCCUCCUCAGCAUGGAGUCUUACUGAGGGGCCUCAGGGCCAACAAGACAGCGGGUGCAGUGCCAAAUCGCCCUGGCGGUGCCGUACGGGUGUUCAGUGAGGAGGGCACGGAGAGCACUUUGCCAGGCAGCUUCGUGCCCUACUGUUCCAUGGCACAGGCACAGCUGUGUUUCCACGGACACAGAGACGCAGUCAAGUUCUUUGCAGCAGUCCCAGGUCAGGUGAUCCCGUCCCCCGGACCCGGGGGGGAUUCUGGGUCGGAUGACCCCGCCUCUGAGUCGUCUGACAUGGCGACCUCUGAACCUGCCAAAACCUUCCUGGUCAUGAGUGGAGGAGAAGGCUACAUCGACUUCAGAAUGGGUGAUGAUGUAGGAGAGGUGGAUGGCAGCCUAUCGGAGCCCACCAUGAAGCAGGCCACCCCCGCCAAACCAGAACGCAGCCACAUCAUCGUCUGGCAAGUCACUUCCUGCCAGGAGUGAGCCGAUCACAGACUGCCACAUCACUACUCGGUCGCACAACCCCCCCCGCAUGCCCCUCCCUUAGGUUUUAAGUUGUUAUUAUUGAUAUUAUUAUUACUACUGUGGAUGACUACAUUGUUGCUAAGGAUUCUUUUAGUGUCUGUUUUAAAUUUAUCCAUACAUUUGGGGCCCUAAGGUUAAAGUGAAGUCAACUCCUGAUAAGUGCACAUGGGAUAGAUAAGUACACUCUUUUUAAGUGCAGUGCACUUCACCGGGCCCUUUUCAAACCGUUGUUUUCACUUGCUCCAGAUAUCUGCAGCACAUUCUAGAAGUCGAUGCGGUAUAAAUGCAGCUCAGUGUUUUAAAGUAACUGUCCAGUGAAAAUCUCACUUUUAGAAGUUUGUAUUCUGUUAACUCAUACUCAAAUAAUAUUGUUGACUCUUCAAAACCCCCACCUCAAACUUGUAUCUCAAGCAGACCUUUUCAAAAAUGCUUGCUAUUUCCUCAUUGAGGAUGAUGUCAUCCUCCUGAAGAGGAUGAGCUGGCCAAUCAGCGGUCUACUCACAUAAAUAUUUUUAAUGACCGGUAUAUGCCCACACCAUUCUGUUGUUGGGGUAAGCCCACACCAUUCCAUAGAAUAGCAGCUUUCUUUUUACAUAUUAAACAUUUUUAAACUAGGAAAACUAUGUCACUCAUAUUGUCAUUAAUUAUAGGUCAUAUUUCAUUGAAAUCUGCAAACACUGGACAGUUACUAUAAAGGGACAGGCUUAUAUUAUGCCAGGUUAUUACAUAUGUACUGUACCACCAUGUGUAGGUGCUACGUACUUCCCAUAGUUCAAUAAGGGUCAAAUAACGUCAUUUUCCUGUGAGGCAAACUUCUUAUAUGAUAUUUACUGCACAUACAAUAAUGGCACAGGAUGAACAAAUAAUUAAAAUAACAGUACAGUCAACAAAGAUGAGGAACUGCAUUAUAUUGAUUUAAGAUGACAUUAAAUAAGGGAACAUCAGUAUUGUAUGUUUAGAAACAGAAGACAAAAGGGAAUGGUUAAGUGGUUUUGCACUGAAUUGAUGACAUCUUAUUUUGUAAAGUUACGAUAUGGGACUGUAUGUGUGUGGGUUCACUGUCGCCUUUACCGUGUCGAGCAUUUUAGAUCGUAAGCUUUGAACAAAACAGAUUUAUUUUCGUUACCUUUGUGGUGUUGGUAAUGUGAGCAAUGUUUGAGCACCUAUGUGUGUAGAAAGGACUGUGAGAUGUAAUGUAGGGCCCUGUUCCAAUACUUUAAAAAGCCUUUCUUAUUUCCUCACUUUCUUGGAGUAAUCGGGGAGAAAAGAUCCAUUUUGAAGUACUGUAACGGUGCUGAAGUUAGUAUCAGCCUGCUUGGGGAAGUCUUGUACUGUAUCUCCGUCCAAAUGUCUGCUUGCUCUGCCAUUUUGGGCCAAACUCUCUGUUCCGCCAUUUUGGGGAAAUGUGCUCCUGCUGCAAUUUAGGGUCUUCCCUCAUGCUAGAGCUCCCUGGCACUUUUAAACAUAAUGUAGGCCGCUUGAAGUAGAACACCCGUCCGUGGUAAUGUGCACUUAUACUAAACAUGUGCUAACUAUUUUAGGGGAAAAGGGUGUAACGGACUAUUUAUUUCUGUCAAGGUGUACCCAGUUACCAAAGGACAAAAAAAUUAAGUAUCAAAAGAAUAUUAAAUGUCAUUCGUAUCUAACAUUAUCCAUUUGCAUCUUCUCUGGGGGUUUUAAGUAAAGUCAUAAUAGCAAUGAUUUGAUGAUGAAUAUAUAUUUUUUAAGGUUUCAUCUCUGAAAAAUUGUAUAUUUCACAGGGAAUUUAUUAAUGAACGUAAGUGUUUACGUUGCACCUUAAAAAUCAUUGUCCACACAGAACUAAGUUUGCUUUGUGUUUCAUUUGUUUUUGUGUUUUUACAAAUGCAUUCAAAUAACUUUUUUUACUUUUGAUUUUGUGCUCUUUGUACUUGUUGUCUGUGAGACACUUCUAUAAAUGAAUCUGUAUUUUGAUGGUGUCUGUAACCUGAAAGCAGAAAAACCAAUAGACAAGUGUUUAAUUUUUAUAUAUUUGAAGAAAAGAAACUGGGUUGGGAUUGGUUAGGCCUCGGCCUAUUUAUUUUCCAAUUCAGAAGAAAUCACGUCCAUAUCGUGUUGUAGCCAUUCCAGUAUUUAUUUUUCUUAUUGAGCCUCGGUGGUUCAGAAUGUAACUUUCUACAUGGAAAACAUAAUAGGAGAAUAUUCAAACUGAUCAGUGAUAAUGGUGCCAUAAAAUGAAACCGUGGCCAAUAGAAAAUGGAAAAUACACAAGGAUCAAAGCUAAACAGUAACGUCUGUGGACUGAUCAGGAGAACUACACAUUCAUGGUACUAAGCUAUGCAUGUUUUUUUUAAAGAACACUGCUAUGUAUUGGUUGGUUCAAAUCCCUGUUAACUGCCACCGUUUUGGGUGGGUGGAUGACUGCAUGUGUGUGUGGCUUGCAUUUGAGUGUGUGGGUGUGGGUGUGUGUGUGUGUGUGCAUAUGUGUAUCUCCAGUACCCCAGAGGAUGGUCUGUAGUAUGUACCAGGCCUUUCUCUGGGCCCCUAAAGCCGUAUGGCCAUAACUGUGGUUUCUCCUGGUAAAUGUUUGCUAAAACAGCAUCAUAGCCUUAUUUUUAACAAUCUAUUAAACUCAAUUUCAUGGGGAAUU